AAUAAAGUGAUUUUUAGAGUAAUUAUUAUUAAUUAGCUAGUUAAUUAAUUAAUAAAUCUCAAGUACUUGUAUAAACAUAUAUUCAAACAAAUUUCUUCUUCUUUACCUUAUUUUAAAUAUCUUGAAAUAAUAUGGGAAGAUCAAAGAAGCGUCAGCAAAAGAGAACAGAUAAUCCUCACUCUUCUUACGGGGCAACUACCAAUGACACCUUGGAGGAAUCAACAUCCCCCUAUCAACCACGAACCAGAUUCUUUGGUCAAUCACAUUAUUCAUCAAUCCCAGAAUCAGUUGAUGCUAGCUUUGGUCAAAGAAGACAAGACGUCAGUCACAAUCAGCCAACGGGUUACUUUAGUACAUCACCCUCUCAGAUUUCAAAUGACAUACGAAUUGACAUGAGCAGUCCAAAUAACAACACAAGCACUACAAAUGGCAACACUGCCAAUGACUCGUUGAAAAGAGACGUAUUGAAUCCAACUUGCUCAGUUCACGAUGGAAACACACUUUAUGGGUCUGAUGUCGAUACUAGCUCCAAGGCAGACUCGAUUGAAGGCGAUGUAUGUUUCCCACCUUCUAGUAAAGGCGAAGAUACCGGAAUUGAUUUUGACGCAAUGGAAGCCUAUAUCGAGAAAGAAAAUGAUGAUAUGAUGGACCAGACCAAGCUGAAUAAGGACAACAGCACUGGUGGUGCUGCUGCUGCUCUUGGCGGAACUAGAAAACAUUGUCGGAGGCUGUCAACUAUGGGAGCACCAGAUAACAGACGUAGUUCAUAUGCUGACAUGCUAAAA